AGUCUUUUGUUAAAAAUUAAUGACCUCGACUUACCUAGAAAAGUUGGGUCGUUACAGUUGGUAUCAGAGCCUAAGUUUUAGGUUCUGUAGACUGACUUACGAUGUAAGUCUAUGUUUUUGUGUUCCUAUGGCUAACGCGACCCUUCGUCUCUCGUCAGGAAUUAUGCCGCCAAGGGGAGGUGUACGUAGAGGAGGUCGUAGAGGCCGAGGUAGAGGAGCAGGUCGUAAUCAGCCUACUGAGGGUCAAGCUGAACAGCGAAUUCCUGCUGCACCCGUGACUCACGUCGAGUUUGAUGCACUGUCUGCUCACAUGGAGCAGAGGUUUACGGAACUUAUGACGGCUAUAGCUCGAAACCAGCAGGCACCUGCAGUUCCACCUGCACCUGUGGUUCCCCUGUACCAGCAGCUCCACCUGCACCAGCAGCCCCUCCUACACAAGGAUUGGCUGCACAACAGCCGCAGAUAUUACCGAACCAACUUUCUACUGAGGCGAAACAUUUGA